AUGCCUAAAGACUGGAACAACUUUAUCGAGCAACAGGUAAACACACCCCUUGCUUUCCGCAACCUGAAAACUGGUGAUGUUAUGAAACAAAAGAGUGGUGUUGUGCACAUCAUAAACCGCGUUGUGACUCCAGCUGUCAACUUGAAGGAUAACGAGGUGGUUGUGGGACCAUCUUUUGUUGCAUCUUCAAAAUUCAUAUCCUUCUUCGAUGAGCAGAAGAGCUUUGAAUAUACUGCGGAGAUGCCAUGUUCCAAAUACGUGAGGGACAAGGCAAUGCUAUAUAUUAACAACGCAUCAGCACACCUUGUUUGUCUCCACUUGACAAAUUUCAUGGAAGACGGGCCAUCAGAGAUGUCAGUUUUCAGAGAUCGGGCGACCAAAACUCGGCUGCUUUUCCAUCAAAUCCAAUCAAUUAUCGAGGAGUCUGUCGCCCUAGGCUACCAAUGUGGUCUCAAGUUGGGUAGGGCGGUCAUCCAAGAUAUUGUUGGAGAUCCAAAGAAAGUCCUUAUCUACAAAUUCAGGAUGACUUCAUCCAAUUUGCCCAUGGACUGCUCAGACGAUGAUUGUCGUGCAUCAGAUGUUCCUCGAACAUUCCCGUUGAAGCUGCAGAAGCCAGAAGAGCGAUCCUUGGAUGUUCGCAAUUUGGAAGCAAAGGCCAAGGGACUCUGGACUGGAGUUGGCGAUCUUAUUGAGGAAUAUGUUCUCUACCGGGUGAAACAUCUCACACAAGGUCUGGACGCAAAAACCAACAAAGCGUUUGUGAGUGGACAAGCCGCGCAUGAGGAGGACAUUAUUGAGUGUGUCUCAGAAGCCAUAGAGGCUAGCUGUCGUCUAGGCCAGCAUGUUGGAUUCCAAAACGGUCAGCAACAAUUCAAGGAAAACAAUGGGUUGGCUGGCAACAAGUGGAUCUAUUCAUUUGUUGAGAAUGGAUCAGACGAUAUGAUCCAGAUUACCACAGCAAAGAAUCGUGAUUACUUUCCAACAGGUUACUUUUCUAUUUGCAGCAACAAGCGCCAAAAGAAGUGA